GCAGUUAUACAAAAGAUUUGACCGCGUUACCGUCAUCGUUGUCGUUGUCGUCGUCGUCAGCUUUCAGUGAUCGCCAGACUGAGGCGCGAGCGUUGAGUAUUCAAAAGUUAUGAAAUUCGCAAUUGCAAUGUCGGCACUUGGGCUGCUUCUACUUGUCGGCGCCCAGGGCACCACUAUAAUCAGCAUAAAGUAUCCGCAGCAGGGCAGGGAAGAGCUGGAGCAAACGCAGCCGGCCAAGAGGGAUCUUAGUCUAAGCUAUGCAGCCACCAAUAUUGACUCCAAAGAAGGCACACGUGUGAAGACAAUUACUGUGAUCAAGAAUGUGGGCGGCGUUGGUCUCGGCGAUUUGGGAUCGGGAUCAUCGAGUGCGGCGAGCAAUAAGCAAGUGAAGCUGGCCAUUAAUCCCGAGCUGCACAAGAACGAGGAAUGGGCUAAUGCAUUUCGGGAUAACUUUAAGUCCUACGGCGGAUUGCCCGAUGUGCCCGACAUAGACGAUCUCUUUGAUUUUGUGAAUCGCAAGAAACCAGAGGAGGCAAAGGCGAAAGAGAAUCCUACAGAGAGCACGUCAAAGGCGCCAGCACCAACAAAAGCAACAAAGGCAACAAAAGCAACCAGCGAACAUGCUGAGGAUGCUGACGACAGUGACGAGGCAAUCGUAGAGAAGAUUAAGGGAGAUGCUGAGCUGUUGCCACACAUCAAGCAGGCCAACAUACUGCGUCUGCAGGCGCAGGAACUGAAGCAACAACAACAACAACGCCAGGAGCUGGAACAGUCAAAGCGUCUGCACACACGAGAAUCUCUGGUCAAUGUCAACUAUUCGACGCCAAUGCAUUCGGUGAGCCAGUUCUUUGAGAACUAUGUGCAGGUGCUACCCAAUGGCUAUGACUACACCAAGCCCGAGCCUUGUGCUGUUCCAGUGCCGCCCGGCAACAGCAUUCAGGUGACAACGCCAUCGGGACGCACCUAUGACAUACCGCAGAGUAAUAGCAGCGGUACCAACGGCGGCGUUAAUCAUCCCUACUUGGCACCAUCACUGGCUAAGCGUACACAAAUUCAACCACAAGCACCGCCAGCUCAGUCGCCGCCAAAUUUCUCAUCGGUUAACUCGAUCGUACCGCCCAUAGUGCAACAACAGUCGCCGGGUAAUCUUCCGCCCAACAAUGCGGCACAACCACCGCCCCAGUUUGCCCAGGUUCCUGUUGCAGCAGUAGCAGCAGCAGGUGGCGUAUCCACCAGUCAGCGUCCGUAUGUGGCGCCCAGUCUACGCAACAAUGGUCUGGGCAUCAAUCGGGGAUCCCCCACGCCGCAGACACCGCUGCCGCCGUCGUUGCCUACAUAUUCAACUGGCAAUGUCAACAAUGUCAAUGGCAAUAACAAUGCUUUGCCAAGUUAUCGUACAAAUGGUUUUGGUGGUCGUCCGAAUACAUAUCGAUCGCGUGGCUUAAAAUAUUGAUACGUACAAUAGACAACUCAUAUUCUUACUAUUUUAGCAU